GCGCGUUUGGGUGAUCUUGUAUUCCCGUUUAUUUUCUGUGUACGAAAAGUUUGGUUCGCGCAACUUAAAAAUAAACCACCCACGAUCGUUGGCAAGUUCUAAACGGACAGUUUGUUUAACUUUCCCCAUGUGUAGUAUGCAAUUGAAAUAGAUCUUUCGAUGGCCUGGUUAGCAUAAUAAAGCAUAUGUUGUACACCCGCGGAGUGCAAGUGCAGAGAUCCAGAUGCAGAAAAUCGAGCGUCUCAAAAUUAUUACAUCCAGUGUGUGUCUAUGAGUAUUUCAGUGUUCCGGUGAAAAAAGAAGCAAGAUGCCGUGCCCGGUGAAUGUGCGAUCAAGUUCAAGAUCACAGAUCGCGGUUUAAACUGUUUCGCGUGUGUCUUCGCCCCGGACGCGCUUCGUAUCGUAUAUCGCGGGCGUUACGGUGCUAUCGAAAAAUGGUACAAUAAUUAUCACAUUACUACCCGCCGAAUACAACAAACCCCCUCUUCCCCUCCCCCGGUGACGGUGGCGUCGCACAGUAUGUGUGUGUUGGUGCCGUGUUUACAGCAUCCCGGUCGACGGGGAUGAGUGGAAGAUUUAGUGAGCGAAGAGUAAACAGCUGUUGUAGGUAGUGCAAGGAGGAAGAAAGAAACCUCCAUCAAGUGGAUGGUCAUCGCUGGGUGAUAACGGCAUCGCGCCUUGAGAGCUUGAUUCGUUCGUGAUCACACUCACGCACACUAGUGCACGUGAAAAGAAAAGGCAGCCGAAGGAAAAUAUUGUCGGAUCGGCAAACCGGAAGGAAGGAAGUGGCGUGAAGAAGCGUGUGAAUAACUUCCUCCGAAUGUGCUGGUAGGCUUGCACCGUAGGCACACGGCCGCGUGUAUGUGUGUAUGCCCGGCGCCGACCGGUAAACCACAGCCGCUACAAACGCGCCCCGCUUGGAGGCAGGAGCAGCAACGAAGACGACGAACACAACGACGAAGACGACGACGGCGGCGGCAGCGAAUAUUAUCGUUACCGCAAUCGCGGCUCCCGGCAGCCGCCUUCCGCCGACCGCCAGCGCCCCCGGUGGCGGGGGCCGCAAGCUGAGCUUCAACAUCGGCAAAAUGGAGCACGCCGAUUUAGUCUCCGAGAUGGCUCAGGUCGAGCAUCUCUCCACGCAGGACCGGCUGCAUCUCGCGCGCAUGCGCCGAGCACAGCAGCUGAAGAUAGCCAAACAGAAGGAGAAAGAAUGGCUGAAGGCACAGCGAAGCCGGGACCGGAUGGGGACGCAAACGUCCUCCUACAAGCGACACAUCACGUUCGAGGAUAGCGUCGUCCUGCUGGAGGCCGCAGCGCGGAACGACAUCGCGGAGGUGGCCAAGCUGCUGCAGAAGGGCGUCACACCGGAUGCGACAAAUAUGGACGGACUGACGGCACUGCACCAGUGCUGCAUCGAUGACAACGCGGAGAUGCUGAACCUGCUGCUCGACUACGGUGCGAACGUGAACGCGCAGGACAGCGAACGAUGGACGCCGCUACAUGCGGCCGCCACCUGCGGACACCUGAAUCUGGUCAAGAUACUGAUAGCGCGCGGUGCGAACCUGCUGGCGGUCAACGCGGACGGUAACAUGCCGUACGAUAUCUGCGACGACGAGGAAGCGCUCGACUACAUCGAGGCGGAAAUGUCAAAGCGGGGCGUCACGCAGGAACUGAUCGAUGAGACGCGGGCCGCCACCGAAACGCAGAUGCUGCACGACCUCCAGGACAUUGCCUUGCAGGGGGGCGAUCUGGAGAUACCCGACCCGCAAGGUGCAACGCCGCUCCACAUAGCGUCCGCCAACGGGUACACGAGGGUCGUCGAGUUCCUACUGGAGCAUCACACAGCGACCGACGCGGUCGAUAACGAUCUCUGGACACCGGUUCAUGCCGCUGCUUGCUGGGGUCACCUGGAAGUGCUAGAGAUGCUUGCCCAAAGCGGAGCCGAUCUGAAUGCCAAAAAUAAGAACGACGAAACGCCUUCCGAUAUUUGCGAAGAUCCUGAAAUACGAGAACGAAUAGAACAACUCAAGACCGAACAGGAGAGCAAACGAUUAGCCGAAGCGCAACGGAAACGAGUACGGCGGUCACAGAGCAACAACACGAGGGCACAAUCGGUGCGACGAACAUCACUACGAGAUAAAGGACUCACGACCAAAAAGGAUGCCGUAGAAGAGGCCCGCUUUCGACUACAGGCUCAGGAGGGCUACACAACCCCGGACGGAGUGGCGGCGGCGGCGGCCAGCGCGACGACGGUCGCGGCCGCGGCGACGGCAGCAAACGGUGACAAUAACAAUCAGCCAUCGUCCGUCUCGUCCGUCUCAUCCUCCGUGCGCACUAACGCGUCCUCCCCGCAUGCCACCACCUCCUCAUCCACCAUCAACACCAUCUCCUCCAGCACAAGCACGCCCAACAACAACACCAACAGCAGCAGCACCACCACCACCACCACCACCACCACCAUCAUCAGCAGCAAUGGCAGCAAUAAUAACAAUAACAAUCACACCAGUAACCAUCACCCGCAUCAUCACCCGCACCACCACCAUCCGAACGGCACGGCAACCCAUCUGAACAGUGUAAAUAACAACAGCCUCCCGAACGGGGCUGGACCGAAUGCGCACGUGAACGGAACCGGUGGUGGCGGCGGCAACAUGAGCGUGCGCCACAUGAACAGCAUCAACAACAACCAAAGCAGCGGCGACAAGAACGGCCACCAGCGCGACGACUCGCCCACGCUCAACCAGUACGAUCGGCGCUCGCCGGACGGCAAGGACAACGACGAGACGUACCUGAUCGAGUCGAAGGGGGUGGGCGUCGGGGGCGGCGGUCUAGUCAGCAAGGGUGGCGGCCACCACCAUCUGCACCAUCACGGUGCGCUCAACAACAUUCCGGCGAACAGCCACAACAGCCCCUCGGGCGCCCUGAGUGCCGCCGCGGUGACGGCCAGCUCGGGGCAGGGCGGCACCGCCACCACCACCACCACCGCCGCCGAGGUCUACUCCACCUCCAACAGCGAGAACGGCAAGAUCAACGUCCAGGUGACGGUCCUAGUCGAUCCCUCCGUCGCAGGAACGUUGGCCGACCUGAAGAAGCACCGCUCGCAGAACCGAUCCAGUGUCAGCCCGGAAAAUGGUUCGCUCCUGAGCGGCACCGCUCCGAGUCUUUCCGGCAGCAUCGGCAACGGGGGCGGAUCGGCGUCCCCGAACGGUGGUGGUGGAUCUGGGACGCCGCUGGAGCUCUCGCUCGUAUCGAACGAUCUGCACCACCACCAUCACCAUCUGCAUCAUCCGCACGCGUCGCCCCACCUCAACAACCACCGGACGCAACACCAGCAGCAGCAGCAGUCACACUACGCCGAUGGCAGUGUAAUCGGAACCGGAAACGGCUCGUUGCACGGCUCGGUGGCGGCGAUCGGCGAGAGCGAAGGCGGCACACCCGGCGGCACGCUGUCCAAGUUCAGCGGAAACACCAGUGACGUCGUAAGCGACAGCACCCGCUCCCGGCGGUGCUGUGUGCUGAUGUAAAAACCAGCGACCGCUAACCCCGACAGAACAUCUCGGUCGUCCCUUUUUCGAACCCCUCAACAACACAACUCAACAACCGCAACCGGAGGAUUCAGCUCCAUCAAAGUCUCCAUGUGUAACCAUUAGCAACGACAGACAUGAACAGAGCAAAGCAGAGAUCAGAGCACCGGUCACAUAUAUUAUUAUUAAGCUGUUGAGCUAUUUACAGCCAGAAGUACAGAAGACGUUCAAUGUCUUAUCACCGAAAUCAAAAACAUGUAAAAAGGCGUCUAAAAAGUGUAAUGUUGAAUUUCACGAAUCCCAACGGGUCGUCGAAUUUUAAAAUCAACCGUUAGUUACUACUUUGACGCCCAGAGGGCGCUUUAGCGAUAAAUACGCGUACCCGGUUCGAUUACCUCUGCCGAACAAACUCCGAUGAAAUAGACAAUGUCAAAUUUCCCGGUUCGUUCCCGGUUCGCGCAGCCAGUGCUGUCAGCUGAAAAACCACCAUUUGAACUGACAGCCCUUCAAAAUUUCUGUUUCUUGUUACUGUCUGUUGCUAAAAAGGAAACGACUUAAACGAAACGGUACUUAAAUCAAAGUAUAUUAACUUGACCAUACAUUGGACGCAUAAAUUAUAUCAAUUAAAACCAGAUCAUUUGAAGCAAAUGUUGACACAUUUAAAAUUAACAAAAAAAUUUGAGAAAAACCCGAAGCAAUACUUUCGAUAGUAGGAUGAUGUAAUUACUAAUAAUUGCCCCGGACGAACGCAAGUGUCUAAGUGGCACCAAAAGGCGUCGAGAGGCAGUGGAUCCAAAAUGAAUUGAAACCAAAAAAGCAUAAAAAACAAAAAAGCAAACUAACACGAGGACGUAAAAUCGAAAAGGGAUCGGGAAGUGUACACCAUAGGGUGUGAAAAAUCAAAACAUGAAAUGGUAAACUAAAGAACUGAACAGAAGCACAUAGCUAGGGGUGUAAACAUGGGAUGGGAGUGGUAAGACAGAGUGAGAGGAACUUACUUUUAAAAGAAAGAAUAGCUGCCGUAAAUAAGAGUGAACAUGAUGUGAUGUGGAUUUACAACCCAGCGUUAGUAUCCCCCCUCCCCCCGCCCAAUCCCAUUAGUUUUCCUUUGCGCCCGGGAAACAUCCGUUCUCCCUUGGUGCUUGAAACAAUUAAAAGGUUGUAAAUACGACUGUAAUGUACGAUGAGAUGUAGCUGCCGAGUAUCAUUUCGUUCUGCACCCGUUGUGCGCGGGAAGGACAAGCCUAGUGACCAAUGUACUUAAGACACACCGGCAAACGGCAAUAAGCACGCAUGCGGAUGAUGCUUCUGUUCUCCGUCAACACAUCUCCGAAAAACGCGAGCAAUACCCUCCUCACCUACCGGUAUAUAUAAUAGCUGUAGUAGUCACGAACGAAUCGAACAAGUAUUUUUGUCACUUCCCUCACUCACCCUCGUACUAGCUCUAGAUUGCACGCCGCGCCUAAACCCGGGACUAGAAAGUCGUUUAUCAUGUAUCGUUAUCAUUAUUAUUAUUAUUUUGCGUCCCAUAUUCCGUUUGUUUUGCGUUAUUUUUUUUUGUUUUGUUUUGUUUUCAAGAAAAAAGAAGAAAGUUCGUUCUUAAUCACCAUUAGCAUCAUCAUCAACACCAUUAUCACCCCCUCAUCACCCAAAGCAUCCAGUUCCGAUAGGGCAGUGAAAUGUGUUUCAUCUACUAAACUGCUGGUAGUAGAAAUAAAAUGAAACGAGAAGAGUGGUGGUAGAAGAAAGCACGUAAAUGAACAGAGAUUCCUUCCUUCCAGAAAACACACAUAUAAUAUAAUAUAUAAAUAUAUGAGAUACACAUAUAUAGAUAGAACAGAGACCGAGAAGGAGCAGUGGUAAUAAAGAAAAGCAAUUGUGAAAAACCCGACCGGAGAGAAUAUAUUCUAUGUUAAAAAC